UCCCCCGCCCGCCUGCCCGCCCAGCCGGCGCCGCCCGCGCUGCCACACGCACCCACUCCCGCACACGCCCGCGGGUGCCCGUGGCCUCUGCAGGGGAAGGAACUGAUCGAAAUCCAAAUAGAAGAUAAAUUUUGGACUAAGAAGAAAAAUCUGUGUGUGCUGAAAAGAAAUCACAAAGGAUUGUUGAGAAGAAUCUAGAGUACAAGUUCUGGUAGGAGGAUGACUCGCCUGGCACAGGAGCAGGAGUUAUGAGCCAUGCCUCAGUGAGACCUGCGGAAUUAAGAUCAAAUGCCUGGAGAAGUCCACUUGCACAGAGCAGCGCCACAGCUCUUGUGAACUGUGGACAUCGACGCCUCUCAGACUUGCUUCUCUGGCCCCAAGCACUCUGCUGGCGAUUCCUGCCCUACGAAUGGCUACUCAGAGGAAGCACUUGGUGAAAGAUUUCAAUCCUCAUAUCACCUGCUAUAUCUGUAAAGGCUAUCUCAUCAAGCCAACUACAGUAACAGAGUGCCUCCAUACCUUUUGUAAAACUUGUAUUGUUCAACACUUUGAAGAAAGCAAUGACUGUCCCAGGUGUGGCAACCAAGUGCAUGAGACCAAUCCACUAGAAAUGUUAAGGCUGGAUAACACCUUAGAGGAAAUUAUAUUUAAGUUGGUGCCUGGACUUCGAGAACAGGAACUGCAGCGAGAGAUUGAAUUUUGGAAGAAAAACAAACCUCAAGAAAAUGGACAAGAUGAAAGUCCAAAAGCUGAUAAACCCAAAGUAGAUGAGGAGUGUGAUGAAAAUGAAGAAGAUAAAGACUAUCACAGGAGUGACCCACAGAUUGCAAUCUGCCUCGAUUGUUUACGCAACAAUGGGCAGUCAGGAGAUAAUGUCGUCAAAGGUUUAAUGAAGAAAUUUAUCCGCUGUUCUACUCGAGUGACUGUGGGAACUAUCAAAAAGUUUCUCAGCUUAAAAUUAAAACUUCCAAGUUCCUAUGAGCUGGAUGUACUAUGCAACGGAGAAAUCAUGGGGAAGGAUCAUACUAUGGAAUUCAUCUACAUGACAAGAUGGAGACUAAGAGGCGAAAACUUUCGGUGUCAGAACUGCUCAUCUUCGCAAGUCUGCUCACAGGAUGGCACUUUGUAUCAGUCUUAUCCUAUGGUACUUCAGUAUCGACCUAGAAUUGACUUCGGUUAGACCAAAGGGCCAGAUCCCACUGAGAUGAAUCCUGCACUAUUUGUUUACCCAUCGACAGAUUGCACAAUGAAUGGAUGUGCCUGGACUGGGGGGACACAGCCAGAAUUUCAGCAUGCAAAUAAGGACAUUGUCUUUCUUAAAAUUGUCAGUUGCAUCUCUGUUGUUUCUAUUAGAGUAAGCCAAGUGCCAUUCUGCUACUGAAAUGUGCAUAAGAUAUUUGUGWAUCUUAAGAGUGUGCUGCAAAUCAUAGCCAAAAUCAUGAAGUGUACCGUCAAGAUUCAAAAACUAUGGAAUAUUUUUGCUUGUGUGUUAGAAACUUUUUCUGGUCCUAAUAUUGAUUACACUAGCAAAAUGGCAGAGUGUUCAUUCCAUGUGGUGUUGCAGUUUCACACACUUACUAUUUUACUUAAUAUUGUUGUUUAAAUCAUAGAGUACUGUAAAAAUAACUAAGGAUUAUACUUUGACAAUAUUUUGUAUAGAAACUAUAUUUAGAAAAGUGGUGUUUGGGCCACUACCUUUUCCUUGAUAAUGUUCUCAUGGGUCCAGGUAUAGCUCACUCAUGAGUGUGCAACAGUCCUUUUGCAGUGAAUGAAGAUUAAUUACUCUGGACAAGAGAUGUAGACCAUGAUAAUUCAAAAUAGUAAUUUUAAAUCUUCUAAAUAGAUUCUGCUAACAUUGCUUAAAAGCAUUGCAGCCUUUGUGAUUGCACUUUUCUAUGGUUUCCCUAAAGUUUGGAAUUUGGGAUACCAGCUAUUUAUGGAAAAAAUGGCUUCUGGUCAGAUUACAUUUCUUCUAACAAAGCCUCCUUAAAAAUGAAGCUAAAAUAAUAUAAAUAUCUAUGGAACAAAUAAAUUCCACUACAAAAGUAUGACCAAGGCAAAAUUUUACACAAUUAUUAAUUCUCAUAAUAAACAUUUUAUUUUAAGAUUGAAUAGAGGUCUGUAAUAUGCUAAGACAAAAAUAAUAUAUAGCUUUAAUAACCUACUGUAUCUCAUGUGAUUAUCUGGAGUUUAGAAUUCAUUACAGAAAUUUUCAUUAGUUAAAGUCACAUCAUCAAACUAUUUCCAUAAAAUUAGAGGUAAUGCAAUACUGAAGAUAAGCAGUCUGACCAAAAUAAUUGUUCAGGUCAUCUUUUUUUUCCUAGGACCUGGUAGCGCUGGAUAAAAAGUGAUUGUUGCCUUAGGUAUUGCAAGCAUAAUGGUUCUAGUAUGGGAUGUUUAUUGGGGUUUUUGGUAACGUUGCAGGGAAGAUUAGCAAUGUAUAUGUUUUCAGUCUUCCAUUGUCUUUGCUUAAAAGUCAGUUGAGUUUUUCUGAUCAGAUUCUCUGGAGAUACUUAUAGUUUAGUCACGUUAUGUAAUUUCUACUUAAUACAUGCCUGCUAGUGUUGUAGAUAGCUAUUUUCUUUCUUUUUGCCUUUUGAAUACAGCAUAAAGGAACCAAAUCAAUUUUUUCACAAGCUACUGUAGAGUGAACUGAUCAUUCUUAGACAAAGUGAAAAUUCUUUCUUGGGAUCAAUUCAAAAGGUAGAUGCAAGGCUGUAAUUCCUUUGUAAGCUUAUGUUCAUGUACAGUAGUAAGUUCUGUAGGAGAAAUAAGCAYGUUGUGGAUUAGGCCUGGCCCCUAUAAUGCUGUUUGGAGUUCUUGCACUGUUGACUCGAGGAAUCAUAUGCAGGGUUGAAUUCUACCAUUGCACUCCAAAGCCCAUAGGUUGUGCAGAAAUCACGGUGCUGUCRGUAGCAGUCUGUUUAGGAACCCUGCCAUUGCAGGUCAACGUUGCACAUAUUGUGCAGGUGCCAGGGGAACUGGGGAAGAAAAGCUUCUAGGAAGAAGCUGCUGCCCCUUUCUGCAGGCACAGUGUGCUGGCCCACACAGACUUUUGGUUUGCCCAAAAGUGGGCAGGGGUGCACAUGCUGGCCACAGGGGGCAGACAGCCUUUUGCCCACCCAGUCUGUGAUGUGCUACUUGACAGACAGCAGAUGCUCCAUGGAGGGAGARCCCUUCUCUGCAGAGUCUAUAGGGAAAAAUAGAUUCUUUGUCUAUGUAGAGGUCCUCCUCAUGGAGUAGUUCGGAAAAGCAGAGCAUGCUUUCUGAUUGAAAAUCAUUCUUCUCUUUAGUACAUACAAUUGUUUUGUACAGUAGAAAUAGGAUAUUAUUUGUAAAUAUUUACAUGCACAUACAAAUUACACCUUACAGUUUUUUAUAUAUUUCACUUGUUUUUAUACUAGAAUUUUCACUGUAGAUUUGCUUGACAUAAAACACCUGUUUCAGUUUAUCAUGAAGCUAAUGCUAGGAUGCUUAAGCAUAAUUUCCACUUGGYUCAGGGCACAAUUUUUUUCUCAGCAAUUGUGUUUGCUGUUUUGACAAAUUUGAACAGACAUGUUUUGAAAAGACAGGAACAUAUAAAUUUUAAUCCAUCCACCUAACAGGACCCUUGGAACAGCACUAUUUUGCAUUGGCUUUGGAAUGGCAACUAAUCGAAGCUUUCUUUGACUGAUAACUUCCUGUGUUCAUAAUUCAGAGAACCAUUAAUUUUCUCUGUCAGAGUUGGACAUUGGUUUUKAUUCCUGGUAUUUUCUUGAUGCAAGUUAAAGCUAGAUUACAGAAGGCAAAUCUUCAUUUUAAGCAUGGAAAAUACUGACAGAUCUGAAUCGAUGUUCCCAGCUGAGAAUGGUGGCAUUAAAAGCAUAUGAACCAACCACCUACACUUUAUGCAUUUCUGAUUUGAUGGCACAGUGCCUGAGUGCUGCUAUAAUUUAAUAGUUUUUGUAAAAGUGAAGUGCCAGUGAAAUACAUAUCUUAACUGGGCAACUUGUGUACCAUAGGCAUUGCCUUCUUUACAGGAAAUUUCUCUCAUAUAGUACAUAUGUGCCAUGUCUCUGCAGAUACACAUGUUUAAUUCAUUUGUGCCAAUUAAGAGUAUCUGAGCACCAUAGGAAGAKGAGAAUGCGUGUGCAGAUUCCUGUGUGCCAAAGAUGGGGUAAAGUGAAAYGAGUACCUAAGCAUUCCCUUCAGACUGCACCAUAUGCCAUGCUAGAGCAGAUACGUGGAUGGAGUCACACUUUCUGAGCAUUUCCAUGACAAAGUGUCACCACUGCGUGCUUGUAAAGCAUAGAAUAUAAAACAAGUGUUGCUGCCACUGUGUUCCUAUGACUUUCCCAUAUUAGCAGUAUCCUAUGGCAGAGAGACCUAAAAAACUCUGCACUACUGCCUAACCUUGCUGUCUCUUCUUUAGCACUUUUGGUGCCRAUUGUUUUUUUUCCCCUAGAAGUGAAAAACUCAUUAAUGAAAAUCAUAAACAGCUUUUUGUUGAGCAUAGCUGACUGCUGCRCUUGUCUAGUACCAAGCUGUAAACUAGAAUUUAGAAACAUAAUCCUGUAAUAUCUCAAACAAUGCGGAAUUUGGUGAUUAAUCAAGAAAUAUAUCUUCCAUGAUGCAUUACUACGCUCCUGGUAGCUAAGGACCUAGUCCUAUGAAGCUUUUUUGUAAUGAAAUACCAAAUGAGAUUGCUAAAAUAAUUGAAGUGACUCAUCACUAUAGUAGAUAUUAUUCACAUGAAAGCUUUUUGGAAUUUGGGUCCUAGGAGUAUGCAGUGCUAGAAGUAUUGUGCAUACUCAGCUAGCUUGCAGUUGUGCAAAAAAAGUUUAUAAAGGUAUUAUCUUGGCUUUACUGAAAAUAUUGUACAAAGUGAAGUGCCUGAUUACUAAUACAGAAUACCUUUUGAGCCCAUUAUUUGCAUUUGACAGGGUAAUACUUGCUUCUGUAUUUUAUCUAUGGUCUUAAUAUUUUCAGCAAGAAUAUAUCAUAAACAUACUGUAUUGGGAAACUUUCAUGGGGAAAAAAGGAUAAAAAGUGUUCUUUUAGAUAAUUUAAAUCAAUCCCCCAUCUCAUUAGAAAUKAUAUUAAAAUAAGUACUUUUACAUGGAAAGUAUUCCAUUUUCUGCAUGAGGAACCCUUUAAUUCUGGUUCUUGGUCUCUUUCUCUCCAUAAGUUUCAACAACUUGACUUUUCUGCUGUUAUCAYAGUUCUAGUGUAUCUGCUGCAGAARAGGGAUUGAUACCAUUCCAUUUAGAUACAAGCUAAGCUCUUACUGCAGACAAAGUAAUGGUCUAGAGUUUCAUCUCAUCUCUCCCAUGUAUACCUAUUAUACAUGACUUUGAGAGAGAAAUAAACAAUUUUUCCUUUUCUGCUGUUUUCUGAAAUAACAAAAUAGGCCAUGGCUUAGUUAUUUAAUUGAACCAAUCACUGUAUUGUUUGUGGGUUUUUUACAUUUGCAUGUAACUGAAGACAACAAGAGGCAUUCAUUCACUCAAAAAAAAUAUCAUUCUUGGAAGGACUUGCAACAAAAGGAAUAGCAUCCACCUYAGCCAGAUACUAAUAGCAUCCACCUCAGAUACUAUGUCUGGUAGAAAUACUAGAGAACAGAUAUCUGUUCAAAACCAGUGUUAGGUAUCUUAAUAAAUAGAUUAAGCCUUGAUUAUAGAGGGGCUACAUAGAAUAUUGAUCAACUGCAUUCACUGAUCAGACUCAUUUUUGUCCUGGAAAAGUGCAAAGGCAGUUAAGACUUACAUUUUUAUCCAAGAGCUUGGUCCAGUUUCUUCACUUAAUCKGGCAGAUUGAAGGCAUCUCUUGGCUUGCUACAAAAAUGCAUUUAUCAUGCUGCGUAUUCCCCUCUCAUUUUACUUCAUGCUUUKUUAUCUUAUUAUUUUUCUCAGUUAAAAUGUCUAAACAGGUACAGUGUCUGCUGUAAUUAAUUCUAGGUUCUUGCACAUCUUAUGGCCAUUCCCAUACCCCACCCCAUUUCCUACCCAAUAAGUCAAAACAUUAAGGACUUGUAAAGGUGAAAUUGCACAUGAGGUGUCAGCUCACAGGUUUCAUUUAUCAGGCAGCUCUCAUGGAUUUCAGCAACAUUUUCACAGUUCUGCAUUUUCAAUCCUUUAUAGCCAGUUUGAGCAAGGUCAUGCUUCCACAAGGUUUUGAAGAGGGAUUGUAGUGCAGUGCAGUGUGCUCCAGGAUGAGYUCCAAGACACAAGGGCACUGAUUCACCUGAAGGAAAUGUGAAAACUUCCAACUAAUUUUGUCACAUAGGGGUUGUCUGACUUUCAGACCUCAGCUGAAACAUCCGUUGUAGAAAUGUCCUUCAAAAGAUGAUCUUGUAAUGUCAAUAUAUUUUUCUUCAUAAGCACACCUACCUACUAGUUUUCUACCUACUGUCUACACAGUCUGUAAGUCAGAUUAAAACCUUAGAUUCCAGAAUAGAAAAUUGAUUAAUUAAUGAAUUCCUGAAAGAUUCUUCCAUCCAAGGUAURUGCCAUAAAUCUUUUGCAUUCAGGAGCUUUCCACUACAGUUGAAUAAGGAUGCUAUUUCAUUCUCUAGUAAGCAAUUUAGGUCUCCAUGCUUCUGGAGUGUGGCAGUGAAGCAGCAGAGCUCUGUACAUGGUAGAAAUGUCCAGGCUAUCUCUUGUAUUUGCAGAAGGAGACCAAGCUCUGUAAGCUCAGGAUGGAAGAGAAAUUCUGGAGUGAAAGAUGUCCAUAAGUGGUAGUUUUUGCUGUUACAUUAAGUUUAACCAAAGAUAGGCAUUGGUUUGAUUUUGCUUCUUUUUCUGAACCAUUAGGURCUUUUCUUUGAAGUAACUUUUAUGUGUAUUUUUAGCAAAUGCUUCUAACAUGGUUAACAGUUGACAGGAUGAGGUGAACAGAAGUAGUUACCGUGCAUUUUCCUUUUUCCUCAUGAUAGGGAGUGGAAAGCAAAGAGUUUGGAGAAGGUUACUAUACAGUGUAUGAAAUGGCUGGACAGUGAAAUGUUUUUGCUGCUAGUUAACAUAUUGAGGGUUUUAUUACAAACGGAGUUGUAAUGAAGAUGUUUAUUGUCAAAGUGCAAGGCACAUAUUUUGUGAUGGUAUUCUACUCCUAAAAUUCAGUUUUGUAUUACAUUGAAUAUGGUAGAUAUUGUUCCUGCUGUCUCCCAAAUUUUGAUGUGGUAAGAAGAAACAUACUCCAUUUUUACUGAAAAAUAUC